AUGGCAUCGCGCGCGUCCACGCCCGCGGCGGCGUCCGCGUCCGCGUCCGCGUCGACGAGCGUGCCGCCGCCGCCGCCGCCGUCGACCGCCGCCACCGCCGCGGCCGCGGCCACAGACGAGUACCUCACCCCCGGCGUGAUCGGCGCGUGUCUGACGAUCGUGCCGAACGCGACGCUGUGGUACGGACUGAGUCGCGGAAGGAACACGCUGGAGUCGUUCGUCCGGGGCGUGGUGCGCGUCGCCGGCGUCCCGGGGCUCCUGUGCGUCCCGUUCCUGGGCCUUAGUAUGGAGAAGACGUUCUACGACACGCUCGUGUCGCUGCAAGGGGUGAAUCCGAACGCGCAGCCGCCGUCGCGAGCGGACGACGUGUCGUUUCCCGCGGGAGGGCACGCGCUUCCGAGCUUUUCGCUGGUUCCGGUGAAACACUUCCGGGAGUACUUUCGAUGA